UACUGCUCACUUAACCGUGGAGUUUUAGGGCAGUGGAGCCCGUCUGCUGGGGGAGAGACAGAGGAAAAGUUAGUCAAGAUGGCAAAUCCCACAGACCGGGAGUAAAGGGGCACCGCUCCCCGAAAAAGCCGAGCCUGCCGCCCGUUCUGAGACAAACCCAACGAUGCGAACAGCGCCAGCAGGGCUGAGAGGGAUUCCCUGAAGAAAAAUGCCUGUGAGGCUGAAGCUGAUGUGACACAGCCUGUGCUGGAAGAAAGCUGACUCAUCAAAUAUCAAUCGCUCUGAGAGUGACUAAGCAGCAGCAGGAGUUGAUUUCACCUAAUGCCCAGCAAGAAGAGCAACUAACACCCCCCUCCCAUCUUCUCUCACCCUUACAACCCAGAGAUUAUCAUACAGGAGAAGGCUCCACCAGGAAUACUGGCAGAGACCGCUGACCUGACUAAUAAUAAUAAAAAAAAAAAGCUUAGAAUGGUAACACAGCGCCACAGCUGAACAGAGACACCAAUAACCGCUGUAAAGCUACCGUUCAGUCUUAAGAGCAUAUACGCUUCAAUCCGCCAGCCUUCAACCCCCCCCAGUCUUGCAGACCAUGAUGUUUCGUGAUCAAGUGGGUGUGUUGGCCAGCUGGUUCAAGGGGUGGAACGAGUGCGAGCAGACGGUGGCCCUGCUGUCCCUGCUGAAGAGGGUGAGCCCAACCCAGGCCCGCUUCUUGCAGCUCUGCCUGGAGCACUCGCUUGCCGAGUGCACCGAGCUGCAGGUCCUGGAGGGGGAGGCCAAUAAUCCAGGUAUAAUUAGCCAAUGGCAGAGUGAGCCCAAGGAACGUGUCAUCUCCCUUGUCCUUACCCAUCUUCCGUUGCUCAAACCGGGAAACGUUGAAGCUAAGGGAGAAUACAUGCGCUUGCUGCCUCGCAUCCUGGCCCACACGAUUGAGCACGGCCAUCACCUGGAGGAGUCUCGGCAGCUCCUUUCCUACGCCCUCAUCCACCCCGCCACCUCCCCUGAAGACCGCGCUGCUCUGGCACUCUGGCUCAACCACCUGGAGGAGAGAGAGAGAGACUCAUUGGAAAGGCCUCCUCCUGCCGGGCCUCACCAUCACCACCAGUCUACACCUCCUUCGACCCUGACCUCAUCUGGAUCUUGCUCUUCUACCAACACCUCUUCAUCAGGCAUUCCCUACUUGCAUCACCACCAACGUUAUGGCUCAGAUGACCGCCUCAAUGGGUGGCAGAGCUCCAGGGAUUCAGGAAUAGGUGGAGGCUGGCAUCAGCAUGGCUGCGAAAAUGGACACCUCCCUCUCUACCCAUCAUCCUCUGUGCCUGCAACCAUCAAUACUGUUGGAAUUGGCGGAGGCAGUAACGCGAUCCUUACAAGUGGAGGUGGCAGCCAACAGCACAGUCCCUUAAAGCGCUCAGUGUCCCUCACACCCCCCAUGAGUGGCCCCAACAACCAGCCUCUGGGUCACGCAUGGCUUUCCCAGGAAGAUCUUCGGACUGCUAGAGGCCCAGCCCCAGACCACGCACCUCUCUCUCCACAAAGCAGCAUCGCCUCCUCUGGCAGUGGAGGCAGUGAGCAUCUGGAGGAUGCUGGUUUAGGAGGAGGUUCAGGUCUGCAUCGCAGUUCCUUUCAUGAAGAGGGCAGUGGCAUGAGGGAUGUCCCUGCUUGGCUGAAGAGUCUCCGUCUCCAUAAGUACGCCGCUCUCUUCUCCACAAUGACCUACGAUGAGAUGAUGGCACUGACUGAAGAGCAACUAGAAGCACAGAAAGUCACUAAAGGAGCACGGCACAAGAUUGUUAUCAGCAUUCAGAAGCUCAAAGAGAGGCAGAACCUACUCCGGAGCCUGGAAAAGGAUGUGUUAGAGGGCGGUAACCUUCGUGCCCCACUCCAGGAGCUCCACCAAAUGAUCAUGACUCCUAUUAAGGCUUUCAGUGGUGGCGAAGAGGCCUCUUUGCAUCGCCCUCUGCUGACCCCGGAAGGCAAAAGCGCCGCACCUGGCUCCCACCUGAGUGGGGGAAGUGGAGGAGAGGCUGAGUCUGGCACCAGUGUGAUCGCUGAGGGGGGUAUACCUGGUCAGUUCACUCGUGUUAUGGGCAAAGUUUGCACACAGCUGCUGGUGUCAAGGUCAGACGAGGACAACAUCAGCUCCUACCUACAACUCAUUGACAAGUGCCUUAUCCAUGAGUCCUUCACUGAGACGCAGAAGAAGAGACUGUUGUCAUGGAAACAACAGGUCCAGAGGCUGUUCCGGUCCAUUCCGAGGAAAAACCUGCUUGACAUUGCAGGGUACCGGCCGCAGAGGAGCCGCUUUGGCCAGUCCAACUCUCUCCCUACCACUGGCUGUGUUGGGGGCAGUGUGUCAGCCAGGAGGAGCCUUCACCAGUUCCAGAUGCCCUCCCGGAGUUUGCCGGGUGCCAGGCUGGGCCUGUUGGGCAGCGGGGGGCUGCUGGGACCCACACCUCGUAGCUCCAGCAGCACACCCACCGGUCCCAAGCAAGGAAGACAUGGUCCAUGGUUUGCUAAUCCUGGAGGAAGUAACAGCAUGCCCAGUCGUACCCACAGUUCCGUGCAGAGGACACGUUCCCUACCAGUUCACACCACACCACAAACUGUGGUCACGUUCCAACAAGCUGAUCUUCAGUUACCAGUGACAGAGCCAGACAUCAAUAAUCGCCUUGAGUCUUUGUGUUUGAGUAUGACCGAACACGCCUUGGGAGAUGGUGCAGAUCGCACAUCAACAAUAUGAGCUGAGGACCUGAGUGAGAGCAGCAGGACGGCGCAGGUUUGGGGAGCUCUCUCACAAUCACCUUGAGGUCACCAGCCCUUUCGUUCCCUCUCCCUGUAGCCAAUGGUAGAGCUCAACCAAAGGACCGGGCGGGAUCCAAGAUACACUAGAGAGCUGACCAUCAAACAGCUCACACAAGCUAUCACACUGGCACCGUCCAACGGGCUGGAAAAACACGCUUCCUGCUCGGGCAGCACACUCAGUCACCUGUAUGUGAGUGAGGAGAAUGGAAAGCACCGAACGCGGCCUGGAAAGUGUGUACAAACUUUCCCCCUUGUUCCCACCCCCCACCCUGCCCUUCCCAUGGAGAGGCCAGAAGCAGUCCAGUUAGCCUCAGCAGAAGAGAGAUGCUGGGCUUUGGAUCAGGGCUCAGUGAGACUUUCUCUUGCCCACAUUGUCUGGUCCCUGCACAUUGACCACAGUUUGUGGCAUCUUUCAGAUCAUAACAGUACCUCAGACCCAAAACAUGAUGAGAUGAGCAGAGCCACAGGGAUGCAAAAAGGAAGCUUGGGAUUUCCCAGACUGGUUUCAGCAGGAUCACCGUGUCCAGGAUGGUUUCUUGGAGAGCUCAAAAAGGCCGCUUGCUCAGUACUGGGUGGCAACAAACCUUUUUCUUUCUAUUGUAUGUAUUUAAUGUUUACAUUAUGAUGCUACUUUCAGAGGGUACAGAGACAUUUAUGAAUUUCAGGUAUGAUUUACAUAAUAUAUUCUGUAGAGCCUUGGCUUUCUACAAGCUUUACUUCCCACGAGUAGCCAUCACAUUAGUUUACAACCAACAUACUUAUUCUUUAUUUUAGCAGCCAACAACAAAGAUAUGUUGGCCUGAAUAUUAAUGGAGAGAAAACGAGAUGGGAACUUGAAAGAGAUGGAGGUAGCACGGAGAGGGAUAUGAGGAAGAAGGGGGAUGUGGAGAGAGACACAGAAAGUAGUAGAAGAAAGAACCAAGCUGAAGUGAUAUUAGAAAGGGAAGAGGAUGUUUAAAGGAGAGAGACAUCAGAGGCAGGACCUUUGAUUAGCUGGAAACGACGGAAGAAGAUUAUGUCACGUCUGAUCGUGCCCUUAGUCUGUUCGUGCAAGUGAGUGUAGCAGGAAGUGGAUUUGGCACAGUCAGUUCAUCCACAGCAUGUACUGUAUAAAUGUAUGUUUUUAUAAAUAUAUAUAUUGGGAGAUUAAUAAGUCAGUGGGAUCUGUCUGCAUGUUCAGAUACUGGGAGUUAGUUAUUUUUCUAAAGCAGGGGAAUAUGCUUAAGCUGCAUGUUAAAACUAAAGGAAGAUUGUGAAAUUUAGAGUGGAGGUGGUGUCGGAAGCAAUGGGAGGCGGAUUUAGUUUCCACUCAGAUCUUUUUUUUUUUUUUCUUUUCUUUUUUCCUUUUCAUGAGAGGAUUGCAACAUUGGAGAAAUGAAACACUUGUCAAUCCAUGAAGGGAAGUUUUCCCUGAGAUCUCAUUAGUGCUUACCUCCACCUGCUGGCCAGUUGCAGUCAUGUGCGGGACAGAUGCUGAAGUCCAGGGAGACGCAGGCACUAAAGAUGCCAGCAGAACAAUAAAAACUCAUCGGUGAACAUUUGGGCAAAUAUCAAAGCUGGUUGGUUGCUUGUGUAUCUUGGCCUUCUGUCAGUUCUGUCAGUGCAGGCCUCCAUCAUAUGAAAAUAUUUUUGUUUUUAUUCUAAUCUCAUGGUUAUUCUGUGUCUUAAUAUUUAUCCUUAGUUGUUUUGUGCCUGGACUCUAGACUUUAUAGGAUUAGGUUUAUAUUGAAAUAAGCUGGUUAGGUUAACUCCUUUCCGUGCUGCUUUCAACCCAGCAUGCGAGUCCUCAACCUGAAAGGUCAGCUUUGAGGUUUAUCAUUAUUAUUAUUAUUAUUAUUGUUUAGUUUAUUAGUUUCUUGCAAUUCUGUCAUAUUUCCUUUGUAUCCUGCACUUGAUAUGAUAAUGUGAGACACUACAAUCCAAAUUUUCAAGGCUCGAGCAACGAUGCUUUGCUUUGGAGUCGGAUCAAACAGAGCAGACGGACACUCGUUCUCGACUGUAGCAUUACAGCCUUGCUGGACAGACAGACUGAUGUUGAGAAGCAAAGCACAAAAGGUGGCAACGAUGAACCCAGAGACAAAAAAAAGCUUCUGAUGCCUCUCAUUGACCUGUCUAAAGGUUGGAAAUACCGCCUGAUCUGAAGUACCCCACACACACAGUUCAGUGGCCAUACAAGACUUUGUGCAUGUUUUAGUUCUUCUUUCUUUUCUUUUUUUUUUUAAAUCACUUUUCAAAUGUUUCUCAAAGUUUCUUGGAAACAUAAUCUGUUGAUUACGAUGGCAUUAGAAUCAGAAUGACCCGUUUCUGGCCAAUAACAACCAGCAAUUUGAAAUCUUCAGACUGGUUUCUGAUUUGAUUAGUUUAACUAAUUACUAAGGUUACUUUCCAGGCUUUUUAAAAUGGUUGUCCAUUGCCAUUAGUUAUAUCGGUCACUACAUAAGUAGAAAUUACUGGUAUGUUUGGGAGAAUGGAAUUUAAAAACACUCUGAGUGUGGGACUUUAUAAAGACAAAAACAUGCAUAAAUUCUGAUGUGGUACCUCUCUGCAGCCCAUCCUCAUCCUGGCCAGCUGAACAUGGCUUCAGAUAUCGUGAUGGCAGCUCAACACUGCAUUCUGGAUCUGUGCACACACACAUGAUCAAGUGUGUGUGAUGGUAUGCAUGUAGUCUGGUUGCUAUGACCCUGAUGGACACUUCAGGUUUUACUUGGUGUGGAUUAAGAGUGUGUUUUGCUCUUGCACCCUGAGUCAUGUUUGUGAACAAAGGUUCCACCAAAGCGUGAGUGGGUCACAAACCUGUUUCAGCCCCACGUGGAUGCCGCACCUUUGACGUGGUCAUUGUUUGUUGGUGCCCCUCGCUGACGGGCAGCAUCAGGAUGUCAUCAUAUUCAGACUCUUUCAGUGUCACUGCCAUAUGAAUCAGUACUUAAAGUAGAAACUACUAUUUAUUCUUUUUUUCCUUUCUUUUUUUUUGUUGUUGCAGAGGUGAUGCUCAUGUGGGUGUAAUAUUAUUUAAAAUACCAUAUGUAUUAACAUGUUAUGGCUGGUGACCAUAAGUACAUCUCAAAUAUUAACAUAGUUAUUGUGGACUGUUUUUUCUUUUUGUUUGUUUGUUUUUGUUUUUCUUGCUGUUGAUGAACUACGAUAUUAUUUGUAUCUGUCAUGUCAUGUUAAGAUGUUUUGGGGGUUUUUUUUGUUUUGUUUUCUUUUUUUAAUUUGAAGCCGAGAUCAAGAACUGGUCCUUCAGAUACACCAAUCCAUGGUCAAUUAGAAAGUUUGUUGUUUUUAGCAUACAUUGUUGUAGUGUGUGUGAGAUCAGGAGGUAGAUGGGUCCUUGCAGGCCAUGUCUUUCUUUGAGUUCUGUUUGGGAGAGCGAGGCUUCAAAGUUUCUGCGUAUGCCGCUUGUAAAGGUGGCAUUGCUAUACAGUUUUCUCACUGUGGACAAAUCUAAUGAAAAGACCCGAGACCACAUUCGACCAUGUAUCAGUCCAAUCAUCAGUGCUUUCUGGCCAUUUCCUGUCUGUGGCACACAACAACGACGACGACGUACACGCACAGUAAGAUGGUAUACUUGGAGUGGGGUGCUACUUUUAUGUGUUACAUGCAUUGAGUGAAAAUGAGUGGCGUGUUGGUGGAUGUGCAGUAGUCCGGCUUGCUUUAUGGCACAGAGGAGGAGGCUGUGUGAGGAUUUGAUGGUCAUUGCUGGGGUUUUUUUGUUUUCUUUACGUGAGAUGCGUUCAUAAUGAGAAAAGUUCUGCAGUCAGUCAUGUAAUCAAAGGGAUUAUUAAAAGGGGUUUUUUUGUCAGUAUUUUUAUGUACUUUUAUAUCGCUGUGCAUUUAUUUUUUUCCAGAGUUAUGGUUUUGAAUUUUAAAAAGUGCCAUAUUUAUAUGAAUACUGACUGACAGCAAGUUCGUGUGAUUUUUAACAAAGUUGCGCGGAUUGUAUUUUGAGCACAGAGCAACAUGGCAGGCCUCCACUUUCUGCUCAGCGGUGGUUUCUUGCAGCAUCUGUGGGUCAGAAAUACAAGUGUGAGGACAGAGGGGCAUACCUGUGAGGGAUGAUGGCUCUUCACGUCAAACCAAAUGCUUUUCCUACAUGCAUAUCAGCUCUGUGGGUGUCCAGGAAGGCUUCUAGCGCUGUGCCCACUGCAGUAUUAACAGCUAGAUGACGCCUUGAUAUUCCAAAAACAUUUAAUGUACUUUUAAGUCAAGACACGUAUGCUGUUUUUGUAUCUUUUAUUUCUGUCAUAGAUUCUGCAGUUUAGUACGUUGUUGUUGUUUUUUUGUUUGUUUUUUUGGUUUUUUUUUUUUUUUUGUAAAUUCAGCAACAUCCAUUCUGUAACAAAUUGUUACCGCUUGAUUGUUCGCCUUUUACUUCAUUUAGUUUUAUUUUAUCAAAGAGCCGAUGUCCUGUAUUGACUGCAGGCUUACGUAUAUAUUUGACAAAAGAAUAUUGUAUGUUUAAUAAUGAAAACAAAAUCCACACGAAAAGACAAAAAAAAAAAAGGAAAUAUAGGAAGAAAAAAAAGGAAAUGGAGAAAAUUGAGGGGGGUGUAAUUUAUAUUUUAAAACUGCAUGCACAAGGCUGGGAAAGUCAUAUUUAGAAUAACAAAAUAACAAAUGGCAGUGCCUUUUUCUUUUUUUGUACUCGAGACAUUUAGCCCAAAUGUAAAUGGUUUUAUAUGGACUUUAAAAACUGUAAUGAUACAGGAUGAAACGCGCAGCAGGUGUGAGGUCACGUUCACACUGCAGCCCUGAAAUGUCAAAAGUUCACAUUAAGCUCCACUUAUAUUCAUGUACAGGUGGGUAAAAAACAAAAACAAACUAACAUUAGCUUGAUUAACUUGCGAAAUCAUAUAGUUUUAUGUUGUGUCCCAAAACCCUCUUAUAUUUGACACUCACUGAGGACUUUUUGGUUGUU